AAAAUCCACACGUUUUCUUGGCGUUGUGUGUUAUCCGGUGUUACAUUUUUAUAGAGUUUAACUUUUAUUUCAGCUGUUAUCAUGUAAAGCUUUCUGUGGGACUCUUGUCCGAUGCUCAUUCAUAAGUUCCUGUCCUGUUUUAUAUUAAAAAACGCAAGGAUCAUGUAGCUGCUUAGAAAGGUUGUGGAGAUGUUUUCAAUAGCGCCGCCGACAUCCAUUUAACACAUACAGAUACCGAUGGACCACACAUAGAAAACAGAUAGAAAUGGAGGUCGAGUCGGAGUCCGGCAGAGCAGUCGUCGGCAUGGAGCCCGAGGAGCCCGGCCCGCAGGCCGUCAAACUGACCACGAUCGACCUCGUCGGCGGCAUCCUCUGCAACAUUUGCCGUUUAACAUAUAAAAAUAAAAAAGAUUACGACUCACACUAUUUCCAGCAUAAUCUUGGUACAGACAAAAUUGUCUACACUUGUGGGGUUUGUUUCAAAAACAUUGCGGGCUACCCGAGCUUCCGCGGACAUUGCUACACUGCGCAUGUCAUCAAGGAAAGAUUUAAAUGCGACUAUUGCAACAAGCUGUUUUCUAAAUCGGGAGCCCUAAAGGACCACAUCGCAUCUCUCCACAAAUUUGAAUGCUCAUGCUGCAAGAGAGAAUUCCCAACAAAAAAAGAACUGCAGCUGCAUAAAAUCAUCCACAUGAAUGACAAACCUCCGUUCAACUGCCAGACUUGCAAGGAGGAAGUUGACUGCAUCGAUGCGUGCGAGCAGCACAUCGACCAGCACUCCGUCACGCUAUACUCCUGCCCCAUCUGCAGCGAGAAGAUCGACAGCAAACCGGCAGGCAUCACUCAUCUUUCAAUACAUUUUGGCAAUGUACUUAAUUCAAAUGACAGCGAUACAGAUUCUGAACAUAAUGACAAACCGGAAGAUAGUUCAAUUGAUUUGCUCGGUGGCAUCCUCUGUUCUGUUUGUGGCGAAAUCUUCAAGAACCGAGCGGAGAUAGACCUGCACUUCAGCCAGGAGCACCCGGAGACGAGCGUCGUGUACACAUGCAACAUCUGCGGCAAGGCCUUUGAGAAGUACAUACAGUUUGGUCACCACUGCUACGAGCACAUCAGCAAGAAUAGAUACAAAUGUGACUCGUGCGACAAGUCAUUCAGCCGGCUCGCGCGCCUCGUGACGCACACGGAGGCGUUCCACGCACGCGGCGACGGCGGCAGCAAGCCGCUCAUCUGCCAGCACUGCCCGCAGCAAUUCGCUAGCGAGUUCCGCUUCCGUGAGCACCAGCGACUUGAACACGACAUCUGUGUCAUCAUGUGCAGUCAGCCGGGCUGCGGGGAGAUCUUCGAAACGCCAAAAGAGCUGGUCCUCCACCAAAAGCAGCACUCCCUCUCCAGCGACCUCUGGUGCCGUCUCUGCGGACUACAGUUCACGUCGCGCUCCACCGCCGAGCGCCAUCUCGACGUUCACCGCAAGAAAACCUUCUCGUGUCCCGUGUGCUCCCGCAAAUAUGGCGAGAAGUAUCUACUGAUGAAGCAUGUGCCGCAACACUUCGAGACUGUUAUACACAUGUGCAAGGUCUGCGGAAAACUCUACAACGCCAAGAACCGUCUGAUCGAGCACUCCAAAACGCACGCCAACGUGAAGAACUACAACUGCUCCUACUGCGCCAAAGGGUUCACCUCCAUCUACAAGCUCAAACAACAUCAGAACAUGCACAUGAACGCGCGCCCCUACCAGUGCACCGUCUGCACUAAAGACUUCAACCACUAUUCCAACUGGCGCAAGCACCUGCUCAAAACACACAAAAUCGACCCCAAGACCAUCAAGAAACCUCAAUUUAAGGAAAAAGAAAAUGUUAGUCAACAAAACAGUGUUCCAAAUUUGAUCGAUGAAACAUUAAGCAUUAAUAUAGAUAUGAGGGAGUUGGAUGAUGGGUUGAUGGGUGAGGGCGGGAUGAAGGAGAACUACCUGUUUCUGGAGCCGGUGACUGAGGCAGUGGACCUGGAUAGUAUCAAUCCGUCUAUCGCGCCGGGGACUGUGGAGUUCGCGGUGCUGCCGCCUGCUGCGUUUGUUGCUGACUUGUCCCCCCUGCCCGCGCCGGCGCCGGCCAUGCCCCGCGAGUACGGGCCGGACUUCAUGUCGGCGGCGGGGCUGCUGGACGACCACCUGCUGCCGCACAUCGACCCGCUGCUGCCGCACCUGGGGCUGGAGCCGCGCAAGUGGGAGCCGCGCGUCGUCACCAGGUACCAGCCGCCCUACGCCGCCGACAGCCGCCGCGCCGUCUUCAACACUGACAUAUUUUAAACUGAACCUAUAGAAGCGAGCGUGCGACCGUAGCGACCGACCGUAGCGUGUCAAAUGAACUCUGUAAAAUCUACUGAGUUUGUCCGUCUUUAACGUCAACAAAAAAAUUAAAAAUGCCUCGUUCCGUGAUAUUUAAUUGCAACAACACAAAAAUUAUGAACACUCGAGGGCCUGAGACAUAUUUAAAAUCACAGACAAGUAACAACGAGUACAAAAUCUGACACGCUCGGCCGCCAUACAAAUAGAUGCACUUAUUCCUUCUAUCUAAGUCUGUGCGUGUAACAGUUUUUUGGACACUUAUUCCACCGUCCCCAUUCUACCAUCAGACUUUUUAGACGCACGGCCGGUUUCCACCCUCAAUUGGUACAUGUUCCACCAAUUGAAAGAGUGAAUAGACUAUUACUGAAUCGAUGAGCUCCAUCUUAGACUCUGUCUUUACUUUCCAUCAGGUGUGACUAGCUAGGGUCAAUCACCGAUCAGUCUAUAAAAUAAAAUAAACUCACAGAAGCAAAGUGCUUUCAGAAAGUCUUAUAUGCACUGCCAAGGAGUGGAAUUCCUAGCCGGCGUCUAUAUUUUCCAGCUCAUAUAACCAAAUCAAGGGUGAAUAGGCACCUUCUGGGCGAUUCG